UAGGUAACUUUUCAGUUUGUUUUGAAUUUAUUUUAGUUUUGGUUUUUGAUUUGGUAAUGGUAACAUGAUGACGAAUCUUUUUAUCAUUAUUUUCCUACUGUAAUAAAUGAUUAUGUUUUGUCAUUGAAUUGUAAGGUACAGGUCUCAGGUCUUACAGUAGUAGAUCUUUUUGACGUUUGACGCAUCCGAGAUAAGAGAAGAUCCCGUGUCCAUGACCGUAGACGAGAAUGUCUUCGGAAACUCGCAACAAUGUCACCGAAAAUGGAGACCACUCUGAAACGAACGGUCAUUCUAAUGAACCUAACUCUCAAAACUUGACCGUUGAUCAGAAGUACGAAACAAUGGUGGGCAAAAUUCAGCGAAGAAAACAAUUAAUGUGUAGUUGGCCUCAACAAAAGAAGCUUCUGAAAUUGGCUGUGUACUUGAAGUGUCAAGAGGAAUCGUGCAAAUGUGUGGGCUGGAAAGCUAGUUCCUAUGUCAAUAAAUCGAGUCGGGUUGAUGUCCCAUUAUCUAUAUCAAAUGGCAAUAAUUUUUCGGAUCCUUGUCACACCUGCUCUCACACUAUUUCUCAACAUGUAUCGCAUCUGUCGAAUAUUCCGGAAGAGGAUAUUAAUCGUUUGUUAUGCAUUGUCGCCGAUAUGGAGAACAUAUAUUUGAGCAUGCAUCGAGAAGAGGAACAUUGCAUUAAAACUGUGCAUUAUUACUUGUUCAAAGAACUGAAAAAGUGUGUUUUAUCGUUACAAAAACCUGUUUUCGAAUCUCCUUUCGGUCAGCCUCCAUUUGAAAAACCGAGCAUUGCGAAAGCGGUGAAUAAUUUCUUGAUAUUAAAAUCCGCUCAUGUUACUGCAGAAAAUUAUCAGGUCAUGGAUAAAGUUGCUAAAUGUUUUUUGCAUUUUUUAAACCACUGUACGUUGGAUAAACCGAGUGUAAGAUGUCAAGUUAUAAAUCAAGACGAAGCUGUAUUGUAUAAAGUCAAUUACACCAGAUGGUUGAUUUUUUGUCACAUGCCGAUGUUUUGUAGUUCUUUGCCUCAUUACGAGACUACUGUCGUGUUCGGUAGGACCUUGUUGAGAUCUAUUUUCCGAUCAGAAUCGAAGAAAUUACUAGAUCGAUGCCAGGCCGAUAAGGACAAAUUUACUGAUGAUCAAAAAACGCUGUUUCUUCAUUUGCCCAAAUUUUUGACCGCGUUAGAAGAUGACGUGUUUGCUGAUAAUUCGCCCAUAUGGGAUACAGAAUUUAAAAGAAAUCCGCCGGGUCAUUUAUUUUCCAAUUUCGAUAGAAGUUUAAAACGAUUCAGUGAUAAUGACAGAACAGACGGGUUCGGCAACGAUAAGGAUUUUUCCAACACGGUGUACAUUUGUAGUACUCCUAAGCGGAGAGCCGUUGCCGAUCUAAGCGAUAGUGCCUCAAAAAAAUACUGCGAUAAUAAAUUCGAUAAGAGAAAGAAAGGCGAAUGCAACGAAACCACAACCGACGAUCUAUCUGUCGAUAAAGUUGAGGAAAUAUUACGUAAUUUGAAAGAUCCUUUGAAGCAACCGAAGGCUGUUUUUCUUGAAACCGCUGCUCGUGACGAGGUUGCUCGAAACGAGGAAGCCAACAACGUAAUAAAAUUCUACAUAUUGGGUAAUUCGUUAACGCAGAAGGUUAGCAAAGAGACAAUGAUGUGGUUGAUCGGCUUGCAAAAUGUCUUCGCUCAUCAAUUACCUAGAAUGCCGAGAGAAUACAUAACUCGUCUCUUAUUUGAUCCCAAACAUAAAACGUUGGCCUUGAUCAAAGAUAGGAUACCGAUCGGAGGCAUAUGUUUUCGACCAUUUCCGAGUCAAGGAUUUACAGAGAUAGUGUUCUGCGCUGUAAGCUCUAACGAACAGGUCAAAGGAUACGGUACUCAUUUGAUGAAUCAUUUGAAAGAGUAUCACAUAAAACAAAACAUAUUCCAUUUUCUAACUUUCGCCGACGAGUUCGCUAUUGGGUACUUCAAAAAACAAGGUUUCAGCAAAGAUAUGAAGUUACCGCGUAAUGUACAUCAAGGGUUUAUCAAAGAUUACGAUGGUGCUACGUUGAUGCAUUGCCAACUGAAUCCCAAAAUCGUUUAUACCGAAUUUACAACCGUGGUUCGCAAAGCUAAAGAAAUUAUCAAGUAUACCGUCGAAGAACAGCAACAAGAAGCCGAAAAAAUACAUCCCGGAUUGAAUUGCUUCCGAGAAGGAGUCCGAUGUAUUCCGGUAGAAUCUAUCCCGGGAAUUCGCGAAACUGGCUGGAAACCUGCGGCUCGAGCUACCAGAGUUAGUAAGCUAACGGAGGAAUGCAGCGAUCCUGAUACUUUAUUGAAACAGCUAAAGAUAGUGCUGGGAAGCAUAAAAAAUCAUUCGAGCUCGUGGCCUUUUCAAAAACCCGUCGAUAAAAAUGAAGUGCCUGAUUAUUACGAUCACAUCAAAUAUCCGAUGGACUUGAAAACUAUGACAGAAAGACUGAAAAAUGGGUAUUACGCGACUCGCCGCUUAUUUAUCGCCGAUAUGACGAGGAUAUUUACAAACUGCCGUAUUUAUAACUCUCCCGACACUGAAUAUUUCGCCUGUGCUAACCAGUUGGAGAAAUACUUUCAAACUAAAAUGAAAGAAUUAGGUUUAUGGCACAAAUAAAUACCUGGCUGUAGCUAUACUUAGUACUUACCUAAUGAUUGUAAACGUCUUGUACUUUUGUCAAACCGACUGUGUAAAAUAUAAUCAUUUUUAUUUUAAAAA